AAAGUUAGCGUUUACAAAGGUCUAGGCUGACAUCUGGUGUAUUGACUGUGGCAAAUCUUAAAUCUGGUUAUUGCCGUUUGGAACGUGCUGGUAUAAACCAGACCUCAAAAGGCUUUUCCUGUUAAUUCACAGUUCAUUGUGCCUCUUGUAUUCAGAGGGAAGAGAAGCUGAUUUAGUAAUCUAGAUGGAUGCAAUACUGAAUUACAAAUCUGAAGAUACUGAAGAUUACUACACGUUGCUGGGUUGUGAUGAACUGUCUUCGGUUGAACAAAUCCUGGCAGAAUUUAAGGUCAGGGCCCUGGAAUGUCACCCUGACAAGCAUCCUGAAAACUCCAAAGCUGGUCCUCUUCCCCCCAUCCUCACAGCCACUGCAGUAGUGGAGACUUUUCAGAAACUACAGAACGCAAAGGAGAUAUUGACUAAUGAAGCGAGUCGAGCCCGCUAUGACCACUGGCGAAGGAGCCAGAUUUCGAUGCCGUUUCAGCAGUGGGAAGCUUUGAGUGACUCGGUGAAAACGUCAAUGCACUGGGCUGUCAGAGGUAAAAAAGAUCUGAUGCUGGAAGAAUCUGACCAGACUCAUACCAACAAAAUGGAAAAUCAGGAAUGGAAUGAGCAAAAAGAAAUAAAGAAAGAGGAGCUGGAUUCAACCACAGAGAAAAUGGAGCAAAAAGAGUCAAAUUCCCUGGAGAAGUCAUUCUCCCCACAAAAUUCAGAUUCUCCAAGUUUGUCGGAUGUGAACUGCUGGCACUUUCGUUUCCGCUGGUCUGGGGAUGCUCCUUCAGAACUGCUGAGGAAAUUCAGAAACUAUGAAAUAUGAAAUGUCCAUGCUGAGAGAAACAGUGAAAGAUCAUCUUCUGUGUUGAAAACAUGCAGUCUUUGUUCAAAUCUUUAAAGUAUCAUGUUUGUGAAUUGCUGAAUACCAGUUCAUUCCCCCAUCCUUGAAACCAUUCUCCCAAUGUGUUUUUUAAAUGACAAAAUUUUCAGAUUAGUUUCUUUAAAUAUUUGAAUAAAUUAAUGCUCUUAGAUCCAGAUUAGAUUGUUUGUUUUCCUGUUAAUGUUAUUUGUAGAAAUCCAUGAAAAAAACUGUUCUCUGUAUUUAAAUAUUUCAUUGAUAUACCAUGAUCUUUACUAGUACUGGAUAUACAAGAAAUGUUUUCUGAUUGUGGACUUAAACUGAGAUGUGAAAUUACUUGCCAAAACUUCAUUGAAUGAAAUAAAUAGUUUACCCAAAGUUCAUAA